AUGACCCUCCGGCGGCGCGGGGAGAAGGCGACCAUCAGCAUCCAGGAGCAUAUGGCCAGCGACGUGUGCCCCGGGCCAAUCCGGACCAUCAAGCCGAUCUCCGAUUACUUCCCCCGCUUCCCGAGGGGCCUGCCCCCCACCGCUGCACCGCGCGCUCCCGCGCCCCCGGACGCUCCCGCGCGCCCACCCGCAGCCAGCGCCGGCCCCCGCAGCCCCUCCGACGGCGGCCGCGGCGACGACGACGAGGAUGUGGACCAGCUCUUCGGAGCCUACGGUGCCAGCCCGAGCCCCAGCCCCGGCCCCAGCCCCUCGAGGCCGCCCGCCAAACCCCCUGAGGACGAGCCGGACGCCGACGGCUAUGAGUCGGACGACUGCACUGCCCUGGGUACGCUGGACUUCAGUCUGCUCUAUGACCAGGAGAACAACGCACUGCACUGCACCAUCAGCAAGGCCAAGGGCCUGAAGCCAAUGGACCACAAUGGACUGGCUGAUCCCUACGUCAAACUACACCUGCUGCCUGGAGCCAGCAAGGCAAAUAAACUCAGAACAAAAACUCUGAGGAACACUCUGAACCCCACAUGGAACGAGACCCUCACUUAUUACGGGAUCACGGAUGAGGACAUGAUCCGAAAGACCCUGAGGAUCUCCGUGUGUGAUGAGGACAAAUUCCGCCACAAUGAGUUCAUCGGUGAGACUCGAGUGCCCCUGAAGAAGCUGAAGCCCAACCAUACCAAGACGUUCAGUAUCUGCCUGGAGAAGCAGCUGCCGGUGGACAAGGCAGAGGACAAGUCCCUGGAGGAGCGAGGCCGCAUCCUCAUCUCACUCAAGUACAGCUCCCAGAAGCAGGGCCUGCUGGUGGGCAUUGUACGAUGUGCACACCUGGCCGCCAUGGACGCUAACGGCUACUCGGAUCCCUAUGUGAAAACAUACCUGAAGCCAGAUGUAGACAAGAAAUCCAAGCAUAAGACCGCGGUGAAAAAGAAAACACUAAACCCAGAGUUCAAUGAGGAGUUCUGUUAUGAGAUCAAGCAUGGGGACCUGGCCAAGAAGAGCCUGGAGGUCACUGUCUGGGAUUAUGACAUUGGAAAAUCCAAUGAUUUCAUUGGUGGAGUGGUUCUGGGCAUCAAUGCCAAGGGCGAGCGCCUGAAGCACUGGUUUGACUGCCUGAAGAACAAGGACAAGAGGAUUGAGCGUUGGCACACACUCACCAACGAGCUCCCGGGGGCUGUGCUCAGCGACUGA